AUUACUUUUCAGCCCUCGCCCAGUACAGUUUCUCAUAACGAGUCAAAACUUUCCACUGUGCCACAUUGGAGGACAUCUGACACUGCAGUACCUUCCAUUGUAUCAAUACAGUUCCUACAUGAAGUUAUACGUACCGACAUGUUUGAAGUACUUAUUGGCAGUGCCAGUGCUGUUUUUGAUUCAGUCCUUUCCUAUAUAGCAACACUGAAAUACCCUGCAUCUUCUAUUCAGGAUGCCCUAAUAGCGUUAUUAGAUUGGGUUGAAAACAAGAUUUUAUCAAGUGAUAUCUAUGAUGAUAUUGAUGCUAUUGCACAAUCAAGGAGCUCGGAAAUCGAUGGAAAUGAAGGAGCACGUCUGGCUACCGAGCUCUUGAAAGCUAUUGCGGAAAUUGAUGAGAAGUCAUAUGAAGGUGGUUCGAAGCCUGAGCAUACUAAUCUAGUCGGAUUUCAUGACGGAUAUAACAGCAAAUCCACGGUACCAAAUAAUCCAGACUUCAACAGUACAUCCAAUGCUGACACAACUUCCUCUUUAAAUCACUCAUUCGGAAAUGUUGGGACCAUUGAUGUCAGCUUGAUGGAUCAAAGUCUCGAUGAACUCUUGGCGCAGCUGAAUCUUCACCAAGUCACAAAAUUUGAACCAAUUUUCCCGCAGGUUGAAAAUGAAGAUAGUGACGAAGAUGACCUGGAUAUUAUCCAUGAAAAAAGAGAAGAACGAGAAGAGAAAAAGGAUACAAAAACCUGUGAGGAGGAAGUUAAGCGAUUGUCAGAUGGUAGUGAAAUAAGAACACGGAAAACGAGAACAUUUAAUAUGCAGCAAAACAGCAAACAGGUAACGGUACGGUCACAUGGUAAUGGAGGUGAUGAGAUCGUGAAUACCUUCCAUGAUGGCAAUACGUCGUUUAACGAUGAUCUGGCAACUGAUGAUUUUUUCACGACACCUCGAAAUUCAUUUGGACGUAACCGUUUGGAUAAAGCUAAAUGUUUGGAUGAUUUGCUGAAGACGACGGAUGAUCCAACAAAUCCGGAUGAAAGCAUCUCACAAAAAAUCAAAAGUGUUCAGCACACAGAUACCGUUUCCCAAAAAGUGUCGAAGACAGCGAAGAAAAAUGGAAAAAUCAUCGCUGAUGAUGCUGCACAGAAAAUUGAUAGAAGUGAACUAAAUGCCAGGCAAGUGGAAACUUUUAAGGAUGUUGAGUUGCUGGAUUGUCAGGGAAGCGGUUCUUACGAAGAGCACAGUACGGUGAAAAUGGGUCUCACCAAGUCCUCAUCCUCACCUCCAAUUCCACCGAAGCAGCGUCACGUUAUUCAAUAUAUGCAGACUUUUGGAAACAAAAGCGAAGAUCAGGACUUCUUCAAGGGCUCAACACUUGCUUCAUACGUUGUGUUGAACGAUAAUUUACGAUAUCAUGAGGAACAGUCCUUGACAUGUGGGAACAGUUCUUCGAAAUUGCAAUUAACGGUUACUCAUUUAAGUCUUCGAACUUCACAGCUACCUUGUUGCAGAUGCUUGUCAUUGGCGUUUAUUAGCGUUAGGAAAGAGAAUGAGGCCGUCUCGAAAGAAACAACCUCACUGACACCUUCGGAGGCUCCAGAAAUUUUGGAAUGUGUUGAUGUGACAGACUGGUUAAUGUUACGAGCACAUGAUGCGGUUUCCAAACCCAACGAAGUUCGUGGUGGACCUAAAGACGCAUUGAUUGCCUUUGCGACGCAACCAUCAGGAUCAUUACUUUAUCAAGAGGCUUUUCUCACAACGUAUCGCAGCUUUGUCGAGUCGGAUGAACUUAUCCAAAAACUGAUUAAAAGGUAUUUGUAUAUGUGUACCAUAAAAGAACAGCAGUCAGUGAAAGUGGCUCGCCAAACUUUUUCAAUGUUGGUACGAGUGGUUGAUGAAUUGUGUGCGGUGGAACAAACACGGAAACUUAUUCGUCUAAUUACAAAAUUCAUAAGUCGCCUUGUUAAAGAUGAAAAUUAUACCUUUGCAAGGAUAUUGAGGCAUCUAACAAUUUUUGAUAUCCGCUCUGUAACUAUCGCCAAACAAAUGACUUAUUUGGAUGCGGAACUGUUCCAUAUGAUUGAGGUGAAAUUUGAAAUUUCAACUGUGAGUCUUGAAGAGCAGAAGAAUGAAGAUCCAGCUGAAAUGCUUUGGUGGGCACAAGAACAAAAUGAGAAAAAAAGUCCAAACUUAUGCCGUUUUACCGAGCAUUUUAACAAGGUCUCAUACUGGGUCCGAACUCUCGUCCUGACAUCAAGUGAGCAGAGAAUACGUGAAAAAAUGAUGUCGAAAUUUGUCAAAAUAAUGAAGGUCGAGGGAAGAACCCCAUCAACUAUCUUCUCCACGGUAGCACAUUCUGCGAUAUCUUUGGACUAUGUGAGACGCGUCGAAGGGUGGAAAUUAACGUGA